AUGAGCAGACUUCGACUGCAACUUCAUUUCACAUUCAUUUUUUGUCUUCUAUACGAAAAUACCAACGGAUUGAACAGUUUUAUUGACAGCUUUGAAACGCUCAACUAUCGGGCAACACAUGUUGCCAAUCAGGUAGCAGUUUCCCGUCGAAAAAGAUCAAUUGAUUCAGUUGCAUCGCAUUACCAGGAGCCCAUUGGUUUCCGUUUCAAUGCUUACAAUCGGACGUUCCAUGUUCAAUUACAUCCUAUUGAUGACUCAUUAUUCCACGACGAUCAUGUGACAGAUGUUGAUGGAGGUUUUGCCGAUGUUAAGCCGAGUCAUUUUCUUUACGAAGGAUAUUUGAAAGACGAUCCAAAUUCCCAUGUUCAUGGAAGUGUAUUCGAUGGAGUUUUCGAGGGACACAUUCAAACUGGUGAAGGAAGCCGUUAUUCAAUCGACAAAGCUGCGAAAUAUUUCGAACGAGACGAUCGACCAAGUCAAUAUCACUCCAUCAUUUUUCGAGAUGAUGAAAUUAAUCACCGAAAAUGGAGAGUAAAAAGAGACGCUGAAAACCUUGCCGAGCAAAUGCAAGGUUGUGGUCUCUCUAGUCGUGUUCGUCGUGAAAUGUCGAGCAUUCAGAAUUCCGGAGAGAAUUCCGAUUUCUUCUCAAAUUACAUGACGAUGUCUGGUAGAUCGAAAAGAGCAACUCGGGACUCGGAUGGGCUUUAUUCGGUGCGGACGUGUUCACUUUAUAUGCAAGCAGAUCACAAACUUUAUGAGCACAUAAGAAUGAAGGAAGGAAAUAAUGAUCCUAUCCGAACGAGAGAGGAGAUUGUCAGUUUGUUCUACAAUCACAUCAAAGCAGUCAAUGAAAUUUACGAAGGAACCAACUUCAACGGAAUUAAAGGACUUCAUUUUGUGAUUCAAAGAACUUCAAUCUACACUCCUGAGAGUUGUGAUCGUGGUAGAGCAAAGACUGAUUCAGACAAUCCGUUUUGUGAAGAGAAUGUUGAUGUCUCCAACUUUUUGAACUUGAACUCUCAAAGAAAUCAUUCGGCAUUCUGUCUUGCAUAUGCUCUCACUUUCCGUGACUUUGUCGGAGGAACCCUUGGUUUGGCUUGGGUGGCCAGCCCACAGUUCAAUACCGCCGGUGGAAUAUGUCAAGUUCAUCAGAGAUACAACGAAGGCAGUCGUGGAUGGGUUUAUCGAUCAUUGAACACUGGAAUCGUCACUCUUGUUAACUACGGAAAUAGAGUCCCAGCUAGAGUUUCUCAGCUAACUCUUGCUCACGAAAUUGGACACAAUUUUGGAUCUCCUCACGAUUUCCCAGCAGAAUGCCAACCCGGUCUUCCCGAUGGUAACUUCAUUAUGUUUGCAUCUGCGACAUCUGGAGACAAACCGAACAAUGGGAAGUUCUCCCCCUGCUCCAUCAAAAAUAUUUCCUCUGUUCUUGCCGUUGUUCUCAAAUCAAUGCCUGUAGAUCCAACUCGAAACGCGAACCCAGUUGGUUAUGGAAAACGAAACUGCUUCCAAGAGAGAACAUCUGCAUUCUGUGGAAAUCAAAUUUAUGAGCCAGGAGAGGAAUGUGACUGUGGAUUCUCACAAGCAGAUUGUGAUCAAAUGGGUGACAAGUGUUGCGUUCCGCACGAAGCACGUGGUACAGGUGGACCAGGGCCUUGCAAAAGGAAACCAGGUGCUCAAUGCUCACCGUCUCAAGGAUACUGCUGUAACCCUGAAAAUUGCUCGCUUCAUAACAAAAACGAAGAGAAGAUUUGUCGUCAGGAAUCAGAGUGUUCCAAUCUGCAAACGUGUGAUGGAAGAAGUGCUCAAUGUCCAGUAUCUCCACCAAAGCAUGACGGUAUUCCUUGUCAAGAUAGUACAAAGGUUUGCUCAGCUGGACAAUGUAACGGUUCAGUCUGUGCAAUGUUCGGACUCGAAGAUUGUUUCCUAACCGAAGGAAAACCGGACGAGUUGUGCUUCUUGGCAUGUAUCAAAGAUGGAAAAUGUACGUCGUCUGUUCAUCUUCCUGAAUUUGCUGCAAAUCGAACGAAUUUCCUUCAAAAUAUGAGAAAAGGAAAACCUGGACUUAUCCUGCAUCCUGGAUCACCAUGUAACAACUACAAAGGAUAUUGUGAUAUAUUCAGAAAAUGUCGAAGCGUUGAUGCUAACGGACCAUUGGCUCGGCUCAAAAACUUGUUAUUCGAUAAGAAGACGAUAGAGACACUGACUCAAUGGGCUCAGGAUAACUGGUGGGCUGUCGGUGUCGGUGGUAUUGGUUUCUUAGUUAUUAUGGCGUUGUUUGUAAAGUGUUGCGCAGUUCACACACCUAGCACAAAUCCAAAUAAACCACCAGCGCUCAAUAUUUAUCAAACUCUCACUAGACCUGGAACUCUCAUCCGUCAACAUCGUCAACGCCAUCGUGCUGCUGCAGGAAGUACUCCAUCGGGUGCUGUUGCUGGACAAUCACGUUCAGCCGGCGCUCCAACUUCAAGAACAACCCCAUCAGCACGUCCAUCUGCUCCACCACUAGUGGCUCCUCAAGUUCCAGUUGCCGUUCCUCCUCCAAUCGGCGUGGCUGGCCCUCCAAUUCCUUUGAUAGCUGCUAUACCGCCUCCUGGAGCUUCAAGUUCUUCUCCCGCUGUGAUUGUUCUGGAACCACCACCACCUUACACAGCUGCAGAUCCCGGAUCUGCAAUGGGUGGACCUAAAAGAGGCCACAGGAAGAACAAAAGACAAGCGGCAUCAGACGCCACACCUGGAAAUGGCAAGAAGAAGGGGAAAUAA